GCGAGUUACAUCACAGUUGUGCCCGGACGCACACGCAUAUGACACCGGGGGGCCACCCGUCUCCUAAAUUAGUAUACAGACUGAACAAUUUUUAAACUCACUUUUUACUUUUAUAUGCCACGAUGCUGCCUUUCAAGCGAACUUUUGAGAGCGAAAAACACCAGCUGCAGGAGCUCAACAGCCGACUGGUCCAGUAUCUCUCCAGAACGAAGCAGCUGGAGCAGGAAAAUGCGCAUCUGAUUUCUGAAAUACAUAAACUCAGGCAAGCGAAGACGGCGGAGUGGGAGCCGAUGUACAAGGCUGAGAUGCGGGAUCUGAGGAGAAUGGUGGGGCAGCUGUCGUUGGAGAAAUCCCAGGCUGAGAUGGAGAGGGAGAAGCUAUGGCGGGAGCUGCAGAUGGUUCAGUCUCUGUGCAGCGAGCAGACUGAGGUGUGCAGGGACAUCGGUGGCGAGCUGAAGGGCUGCGAGAAGGAGCUUCACCAAGCUCACAAGACCAACAGCGAACUCCAGCAGCGUUUGCUCCAGCUAGAGAACGAGUAUAAAUGCCUAGAAGGUGCACAAGGGCACGAAGUGGACCAUCUCCGGCGUCAGGUGGAGUCCCGGGUGGUACCAGUCAUCACGCAAACUUAUCACGGGCCCCCGGUGGCCUCCAUGGAAGAGGUGCAAGAGUAUGCCCGCUGUCUGUCCGAAGGGUGGAUUGAGACCUUUGAAAUGUACCAGCAGAAGGUGGAAGAGAUGGAGCAGUCGAUCAAAGCGGACCAGGCGAGGCUGAGUGAUCUGCAGAGGGAAAAGAUGCUGUACGCCUCAGAGUUGGGCAAAUUACGCACAGAGGCGGAAAAACAAGGAGACAUUCAACUGCGUCUUGAAGAACAACUGAUGCAUAUGCAGGAAAAAUUCCGCGUGGACUUCAUCGAAUAUAAGAUGAUUAUUGAGCAGCUGGAGCAUGAGAGGAACAUGAUGGCUAACACUAUAGAAGAAAAGAUGCAAGAACAUCAGCACCUUCUCCAGGUUAAGAUGGAUCUGGGCAUGGAGGUGGCUGCCUACAGGGCUCUCCUGGAGGGUGAGAGAGUGGGCCUGCAAGAUGCUCAUAGCAGGCUGAAUCAGCAUCAGAGAGAAAGAAUAAUAGAUAUCAAGAUGCCUGCCCAACGCUACACACCAAGGGCUUCCAUCCUAACCAGCAGACAACAUACGGACAUUAGGUACAUGCCGCCAACAUCAAGCUUGAGAAGAUCCCCUGUGCCUCCCUCUGGGUCCAUAAGUCCCUCAAGGGUCAUUCCUAUUUCAGUUGCAGGCAGAGCUCGGCAUCAGAGUCCUGCAUCCAGAAGGGACAUGAUCUCAUUCACUAAAGCUCGGGCUGCCGCUUCUACCCCUGCCACUACCACCACCACCCCUACUGCUGGCAAAGAUAAACAAGAAGGCCAGAGUGAAAACCACAGGAGUCAAGGUGUACAGAAAACAACAGCAGAGGAGAAAACUGUGAAAAUCAAACAGGUCUCUCAGGUGGAGAACCAAAUCAGUCCCAUCAGGCCCUCCAGUGCCGAGACCAAAUCAGUGAAAGUGGUGUCACCGCCAAUGAUGAGCCUGAGCACGAAAACUGAGACAGAAAGCAAAAGGCAACUGUCAGAUGAAACAGAGAUAAAUAAUGCUUAUGACGGCGAGUUCAAAGACAAAGAGAGAACAGAGUCUAUGCAAGUGCCAAGUGAGAAGAAGAUAUUAGACUCUGUGUCUGUAGAGGAGAUAAUUGAGAAAGUGAUAAAACCAGCAGGUUUGGAAGCUAAGGUUCACUCAUCGGGAGAAUCCAAGGUCAAAUAUCACAUGGAGAAAACUGAGCAGGAAGAUGGCACAACUAAAACACAGAUUGUGCUGGAGUCCAAAGUGGAGGAAGACCUGGAUAUUUCUGAGGACUUGGCCCUGGAUGAACUCCUGAGCCAAGGUGUGAAGAAGGUUUCACUGCAGGACAUCAAGGACACAGCAACAGGAAGCAUGAUCAAGAAUUUGCUAAGUGACCUGCAGGGAGCAGAGAACCUGCAAAAUAGGUCUGUCAAUGUGGAAAUCAUUGAGGAACCGGUGGACUCUCACAGUGAUGAGGAGCUUGAGGUUGAACAGAAGUCCAGAUCUACUUUUUAUGAGCCCUCCUCAACAUAUUUCCAAAUUGAGGAGCUAGAAAAUGUCCCUCAUGACGUUCACGUUCUGAGGAGUGAUACUGAUGAUGCCAUGAAAUCCUCCAUGACAGACACAGAUCAUUCGAAGGGUGGAUUUGUUCAUGUUACAGAGGUCUCUAGACAGAGUGAAUCUUCAUAUUUUUCCCAUGAGCAAGAGCCUCAUGAGUAUUUUGUCUCUACACCAGAUGAUAAUCUUUCUGAACCCGAGGAGGGUGGUGGCAUUACCUCGUAUGGCCAUUAUGGCGUCGUAGAUGACCUGUCAGAUGAGAGGUAUUAUCAAGAUGAAAAUCUUACAUCGAAAAGAGUGGUUGUAGAGGAAAGUGAUGAAUACAAGUUCAUGUCAGGUGAUCACUCGUUUGUCAAAGAGAGUUUCCCAGAGUGCAUCAUUGAAGAAGAAAUUCGUGUCUCCCCUGUAGUGCAGGAGUCAGUGCUUGAGUUCCUGAGAGAGGAGUCUUUGGAGCCCAAAGAGCAGCUGAAGGGAGCUCUAGAGAAGCUACAAAGCUCAGUUUCAGGUCCUCUGAGGGAUGAGUUGGCUUUCUUCACAAAAGCGGGCAGUGAAAGUCCACAGAAUGUGGCUGCUGUCGAGGUCAAAAAAAUGCAGCAGUCAAGUGACAAUGGAACUAUGACUAUAGUUGCCGAGCUAAAUGUCUCUCAAACUCUGGAAAACUCAGGGCUGGUGGAGGCAGGAGAUGAUCUGUCUGAAGAGCAAAUCAUGGCAGCCCUCAGAUCUUCUAACCUAGGGCUUGAGAAAACCUUCCAGGGUGGGGCAGGAGGAGGGUACAGCUUCAGAGUCGCCAAAGAAGAGGAUGUUGCUCAUGGUGAAGAGUUUGAAGGUUUUACAAACCUAGAAGAAUCUGUUUCUGAAAUCACUGAGAAACAUAUCAAAUUGGGGCCAUCAGAGAAGUCCUUCACCUUCCAGAUGGAGGUACAGGGCAGCCAUGCUGAGGCAUCCUCAGAGCAGGAGCUGCAAUCUCAAAUCUCAGAGACCCCAUUGAAGAUUUCUCAAGAGAAAAGAGUUGCAACAAUUUACCUUGAAAAGUCUAAAGAUGACUAAGAAAGAAUUUAAACUUAGUACUUGGCAGUGUAUCACUUGUUGUAGUGCACAUUCUGAGUCAGAUCACAUAUGGCAUUAAUGCUGAGUGCAGACACUCUAAUAAUACUGUAAUUUUUGCAGUAAAACAUUAUAUAUCUAAUUGAUUUUGGUACACCCUUUAUUGUACCUACUUAGAAUGUGUUUCUUGAAACUCGUUGUACUUAAGUGUACCUCAUGAUUUAAGCAAAAUUCAGUUAAUAAGUUAAAAUGACCAGAUUAAUACAUAUUUUCAUGGUUUUCAAUGCAGCAGUGAUACAUCAAAAAUACUCAGUGCUAACUAAUAGGAGCUAUCUUAAGUUAGAAUUGUAACAUAUACAUAUUGUAGCAAUUCUUUUGGUCGUUAAUACUGAUGGAGUGUUGCGCUGGUAUGUGUUAACCUUUUUAUAGCUUGCAGUUUACAGUAUCUUACAACAGUUUUGUUUACUCUCUCUAGAUUUCUCUAUUAAUGUACUAACCUGUGCUGUACAGCUUAAACAGCCUGUUCUGCAGUUUACAGCACACCAUCAACCCAAUCGUCACAUCCUGGCUGUGUCUACUGUAAUGUUGAGUCUCCUUGGUCAACAUUUAAUGUAGACCAACAGAUGCCAGUUGGAGUGUUGAGGUGCUGUGCACCAUGUGCAGAUCGGGCCAUUAAUUUUUCUUUUGUCUCAGGCACUGCUACCGAAUGGAAUGACGUUAGCAUAUACUGCAUCCUGGAACACAAUGGUUUAUUUUAAGGAGUAGUCACUAGUGUGUACAGAAUAUAGUUAAGCUUGUAGCUGACAGAAUAGUGGGAGUGAAGAAAAAGAUGGCAAUUUGUCUCACGAAAUCUUACAAGUUUUGAAUGCAAAAGUCAAGGUGCAGUGCAAGUAGUGUUUAAAAGUGGUUGUUAAGUAACUCAAAAAGUUAGGUAUUGCCAGCUUAACUUAACUCACACCUAAUGGCACAUUACACAUUUUGAAUUAUCAGAAAAAAACUGGCCAUUAUGUAACCAAAGGCGGGCUACAUGAUCAGUGUAAUCAAUGUGAAAAAUGUUUAUAAAAAGUUUAUCAUUACAUGGUAUGCAUCACUACCAUUUUUAGUUUCUCAAUGGUGAACAUUUUGCUCUGAACAUGGGAUUAGUGGGUUGGGAAUUCAAAAUGGUGGAUUAUACCAUUUAGAACUCCAAAAGAGGAUUGUCAAUUUGAAAAGCAAAUAGUAAGAUGAAAGAAUGAAAAGAAGUAGCAGGAUCUUAAUGAAUUAAGUAUGUGACAAUAGUGUUGUUAAAGAAAAUAUAAUCACAUCUGGUUUGAUGUAUGUUGUGUCUGCAUGCCUUUUGUUUGUCCACAUUUGUUGUUUAUCACAGUGUUGGCUUGAGGGAUUCACCUUUACUCUGACAUAAGAGUGUGUUCAUGACUGUGACUAUUUUUGGAUCAUCAGCUUAGUGGCAUUGAGUGUUCACUAGGGUUUGUUGUGUUGUGUACCAGUUGCAGAGGCAGAAAAGGUCCACUAUGAUUACAGCCUGGUUACGUGUUUUACACAUUUUGUCAUAGUGAAUGUAAUAAUAUACACUUUGCAAUCACUAAGCAAUGUCUUCACAGAGUGGCUUUUUGUCACUAUCAUGUUAAAACAAUGUGCAGAAAUACAAUGUUUAGUGUGAAUGCCAGGCUUUUAUAAAUAUAUUCAUUGUUAGAAAUCCAAAAAAUGAAACUUCAGUUAAAAAUAUUUCUUGCAAUUAAGUUCCAAGAUACAGCAGAUUUUCAUACAUUUUCUCAUCUGCAAACUCUAGUAAUUUAAUAAUUAAUAAGGAAUCUUUGUAAGGUAACUAUAUAUGUGUGUACAGUGUACUCAUUACGUAUUUCAUUGCAUAAACAACUUGUGUACAUCAGCAUACAGAAAAUCUACUGAUGUAUAAAGACUGUUUAAUGAGUCAGUGCUCAGUAAAUGUUAGUCACCAUGGAUAGCCCAAUUUCAUUGCUUUUAUUGACAUAAUGAUUUCUUCUGAACAAAUAACAUAACUUUGGUUGAAAUUGGUUCUAGCCCUUACUUGGAAAUUGAUUCACAUCUUAACACAAUUAAAACCUAUUGUGUGUAUGUUU